AUCCUAUCCGAGGGCAACGUGGUUCGGAUACAAAUCAUUGUUGUUUCUACUGCAACGUGUGGAAGUAUGUGUAUUGAUUCAAAUGACAUUAUUAUUUAAGAAUUAAUUAGUUUGAUUUUUGCGUAACAAAGGUAAGGAAGGAAUAAAUAGAAUUUAACGUUUAGGGAUAUUUAUUUUUCCGAAGGAUUUUAAAUGCGAUUAAUCACUUUUUCUGUGUAUCUAGAAAGAUAAAGGAAUUGGUUUAAUUUUUCAAGAAUAAAAUAUGCGUUAUCUCUUCCUACUCCUCUUCCGUCACAAGCCUCUUCUUCCUAGAAUAGUUAGAAUACCAUUAUUGCUGUUUAUAUAAGGACAAGGUUCAAGAGGAUGAACUAUCGAGUAUCGUCGACUCUUUCUUCGUAAAAACGGUCUACAGAGAAAAUCCAGGUAUGAGCACGGUACUUCAGAAAUCCGGGUUCCCAUUUCCAAAACCGAAAAUAAAUUGCGUUAAGAACGACAUCGGCAAUGACAGAGAAACUAUAAAAUGUAUAAAGGCAGGCACAGUACAGAACGAGGUGAAUUUUUAGUUUACGGGGAACACAUAGCGAAUAAAUUACGAAACAGUGGCAGAAGUCGGAAAGAAAUCGCCGUCGCGCAAAAUCUUAUCGAUCGCGUACGUUUUAAUUUAAUAAUGGAACAUACAUCGAAGAUAGUAAUAGACAUUCUGUUCCGCAACUUGGACAAUCGUCCGCGUUAAUGCCAUUGUUACCGUAAUUUAAAUAAUAGUAUGACAGUGUAACGAUAAUUCGAAUAAAAUAUGAAAAUUUAUACUGAUAUAAUAUUUUGUUAUCUUCUACAUUAUUUUGCAUUGCUUAUUAUUCGUUGCAUAUUAGAUAAACUUCCUCGGUUUGGUUUAUUUUACAGUUGCGCUACACGUUCCAGGUCAGUUUACUCAUUCAAAGCGUUAAUACAACGUGAAACUAAAAUCCGUGCAACGAAUCGAGAUAUCAGUUACAAACGAAAUAUUCACGUGCUCGAGCAUUAAAUACUAACCGUCGUUUAUCUCAUGAGCGCUUGUUCGUAUCAAGGACGACAUCCGUCAAUUCCCAAAAUCCGUAGCCAGUUCGUACGAAAAGUGAUCGAUUAUUAUUACGUUCAAUUGUUAAAGCGAGGAUAUCGGCUCUUAUGCGAGAAGAAGUAAAUCCUAAGACGAAAGGGAACUGCUCGAGCGAUCGCGUCUUUUUUUUCUCAGCAUAGUCGACAGGGGAACAAUAAGCUUCCAGUUGCAGCACUAAUUUCUUGAUACGAUCUCGACCAAUAUUUCGGAAACAUGAAGGGACGAAGAGAAUGGCGGACUGUGACAACUUUCCUUGUUCUGUUAGUAACAAAAGAAGCAAGCGUAGCGAAUGGCAAGAAUAUCACGUCCGGAGAUGAGAAAUUCUCAGAAAAUACAGGAAACAAGGAGAAACUGUCGGAUUUGGAAGGAUCGGAAACAGCCUACACCUUUGGUUACACGAACGGUUUUGAAAAUGCGUAUGAUUCAUUUCCUUAUUCUUCCCAAACGUAUUCCUCUAGUUUCCCACAGAGUAGCAUAUCGUUCGACAUUGGACGAAACACGACGUUCGAUAUUCAUCGAGAGAUCAGGUGCGGAGAUGCUUUCCCGCGCGUUUGUGAAAAAGCGAGAUAUCGAACGUACGACGGCUCUUGCAACAAUCUACGGAAUCCCACGUGGGGUAUGGCAAAUACGAGAUACGGCCGGCUAUUGCCACCACAUUACGGAGAUGGAAUACGAUCGCCCACGAAAUCAGUAACUGGAGCAGAAUUACCACUUUCUCGAUUGGUUAGCUAUACGUUAUUUCCCAAAGUCGAUAUCGAUGAUCCCGUAUGGACGCUGGCAGCGAUGCAAUGGGGACAAAUUAUUACUCACGACAUGGCUAUGAUCGACGGAACUACUCAAUCAAAACCGCACAUGACUCAAUGUUGUACCGAGGAUGGGCAAUUGGUAGACCCGUUGUUGCUUCACGGUCAAUGUUAUCCCAUAAUUAUACCUUACGAUGAUCCCACCUACAGCAAGGCCAAUAUAAGAUGUCUCAACUUCGUUCGUAGUACAACCGACCUUGACCGCGGUUGUGCAUCUCGAUACAAACCAGCAGAACAGUUAACCGUCGUAACGCAUUUCUUGGAUCUCUCUCUGGUUUAUGGACCCAAUGAUCAGCUGGCGGCUAGUUUGCGAGCCGGUGUCGGCGGCCGCAUGAACGUCGAGAUACGACGCAACAGAGAAUGGCCACCUAUGGCAACCAACAAGAGCCAGCUUUGCGAAACUACAGACCCUAUCGAAAUUUGCUAUCAGACCGGAGACGUGCGAGUUAAUCAGAAUCCCCAGCUGACUAUUUUGCAAGUAAUACUGCUCAGGGAGCAUAAUCGCGUCGCUGAUGCUUUAGCUCGUUUAAAUCCACAUUGGACGGAUGAGACGAUAUUCCAAGAGGCGCGGCGUAUUCUAAUUGCAGAACAUCAACACAUUUCCUAUUACGAAUGGUUGCCAGUAUUUUUAGGCAUUCAGACCACCUAUGGUAAUAAGAUUUUGUACAACACCAAGGGCUAUGUAAACGACUAUGAUAAAAACGUAAAUCCAAGUGUUCUGAACGAACAUUCGAACGCAGCGUUUAGAUAUUUUCAUACUCUUAUCGCCGGCUACCUCAACUUGGUGAACGAGCACCGAUUUUCAAACGGUGCCUUGAGGCUGAGCGAUCACUUCAAUAGACCAGGAAUUAUCGAGGAAUGCAACAAUAUGGACGAUUUGACAAGAGGCAUGUCUUAUCAGCCAGAAAAAGCCAGCGAUCAAUUCUUUGACGCGGAGAUCACGGAAUUCUUAUUCAGAAACGACAGACCACUGGGAUCUGACCUUCGCGCAACAGAUAUUCAGAGGGAUCGCGAUCACGGCAUCGCGUCAUACAACAGCUACCGCGAAUACUGCGGUCUACCCAGAGCGAAAUACUUUACUGACUUCACAGAUUAUAUAUCUCCCUCGAACGUGGCGAAGUUAUCUGAAUUGUAUCCCAGUCCUGAUGACGUCGAACUGACUGUCGGAGGAUCAUUGGAAGAACAUGUGCCGGGUACACUUUCCGGUCCUACGUUCUUGUGCAUUCUUGCCAAACAAUUCUAUAAAACACGGGUGGGUGAUCGUUAUUGGUACGAAAGAGGUGACCACCAAUCAGCGUUCACUAUAGAGCAAUUGAACGAGAUUCGAAAGGCCAGUAUAUCAAGAUUAUUCUGUGAUAACGGCGAUCACAUCACAAGUAUGCAACUAAGAGGCUUCCAGCAAGUAUCUGCAGCUAAUCCUAUCAUGAUUUGCGACAACAUUCCGUCGGUAGAUCUUUCGCUGUGGAAGGAUUACGCCCCGGAACUGGCAAAUCAAAAAUACACCAUACCCCCAUUUUAAAAAAAUAGGAAUGAUUAACAGUCUCCACGGAAUAAUUUUCGUAUUACCAAAUAUCAAUUCGUUAAACACAAUUGAAACACAUACACCUGAAGUAUUGUUGAUAGUUAACGUAAAAUUGUAAAAGUUUAUGUAAUUAUACAAGUUGUGCCUUACGUCCUAUUAAUAAAAUGCAUUACUUUUUUUAAUUUA